AUGUCAUCGUAUAAUUCCGCGUCAUCGCUCAGAGGAAUUUAUUCAAGCACAAGGAUAUUAUUUGGCCUAUUGCCAGGAUUGGGCACUCUCAUUGUGCUACGAAUGGCCAUACAUUUGUAUAGGCCUGACAUAGAAGACGCGGAAAACAGAGUGAGAGAUUACCCUUUCGAUAGACUUUACGAGUGUUACGACUUCAUUAUUGUUGGUGGUGGUUCAGCCGGGUCAGUCCUCGCCAACAGACUGUCAGAAAACCAGGACUGGAACAUAUUACUGUUAGAAGCUGGACAAGAUGAGAAUGUAUUAUCCGAAGUUCCCGUCCUGUUUCCCGUUCUGCAAACGUCAUCCAUAGAUUGGCAAUUUGUGACUGAACCUAGUGAUGCAUACUGUUUGAGCAUGGUAGAAAGGAGUUGCAAGUGGCCACGUGGAAAAGUGCUUGGUGGAUCCAGCGUGCUCAACGCCAUGUUAUACAUACGUGGGAAUAAACGGGAUUACGACAACUGGGCUAAAAUGGGGAACACAGGUUGGUCAUACAAAGAAAUAUUGCAGUACUUCCUUAAAGCUGAAGACAUGAGGAUCCCUCAGUAUCAACAUGAUCGCUACCACUCUACAGGUGGCCCAUUGACGGUUGAGUAUUUUAAAUACGAACAUCCUAUUACGAGAAACAUACUAGAAGCAGGUCAGCAGCUAGGCUAUAACAUAUUGGAUGUAAAUGGGCCUUACCAAACGGGAUUCACUCGAUCUCACGCAACGGUUCGAGAUGGUCUACGAUGCAGUGCUGCAAAAGCAUAUUUAAGACCGGCUUCAAAAAGACCUAAUCUACACGUAAGUGUACAUUCUCUUGUGAAGAAAAUACUUAUAGAUGAACAUCACAGAGCAUACGCAGUACAAUUCGUUAAACACGGCCAAGAACGCAUAGUCAGAGCUAGCAAAGAAAUAAUAUUAUCAGCCGGAGCUAUCCAAUCUCCGCAACUGCUUUUGUUAUCUGGAAUAGGUGAUGCUGUUCAUCUUAAAGAAGUGGGAAUAUCACCGAUUGUCAGUCUACCCGGAGUAGGGAGAAACUUGCAAGAUCAUAUUGCUAUGGGUGGACACUCGUUCCUUUUCGAAAAUCCUUAUAACAACGGUACCGAAUACGGUUUUAAUUUAUUUUCAGCUCUGAAUGUUGGUUCACUAAUUGAUUUUUCAAUAUAUAAGAAGGGUUCCAUGUAUAGUAUGAUGGAAGCGGAAGCGAUGGCUUUUGUUAAUACCAAAUACCAAGACCCUGCAGAAGACUAUCCAGAUAUACAGCUAUUUAUAGCGCCAACUGCUGAUAAUAUGGACGGAGGUCUUUUCGGAAAAAGAGCUAAUGGUUUGACAGAUGAGACUUAUGCUGAACUUUAUGAGGACAUUCUCUAUGAACCAUCUUUCUCAGUGGUUGAAGGAGCACGAAUAGUACAAGAACUUAUUCGACAGCCAGCUUUACAAGAGCUGAAAGCGCGACCUAACCCGAACCGCAACCCUGGUUGUAACCAUCAAGACAUCAUGUCACACGAGCAUCUCGAAUGUCAAGCCAGACAUCACUCCCUCACAAUAUACCACCCAGUGGGCACCUGUGCUAUGGGAUCGACAAGUAACCCCGAAGCUGUGGUGGAUCCAAGACUGAGGGUGUAUGGUAUUAAAAGCCUUCGAGUGGUUGACGGCAGUAUAAUGCCAACUAUUAUUAGUGGUAACACUAACGCUCCUAUCAUCAUGAUAGCAGAAAAAGCAUCAGACAUGAUAAAAGAGGAUUGGUACGAAGGCUUUGAUGAAAAUUCUACUUGCGGACCAAUAAACAACACAACUUACGCAUCAUUUAAAAAUUCAUACACCGAUGAAGUAGUCGAAGCGAAAAUAAUACCCAAUUUAUUCAACGAGACCACAAGCCUAUUUCCCAAUUUACCAGUUGAUCAUAUUCCUACUCAUCCAAAGAAAGUUACAAAAAUUGACAAAAUGAUACCAAAAGCACGAACGACUGAAAUAAAAGAAAGUGUAGGAGACAAACUAGUCCAAAGUCAAAGUGAAACAUAUCCGAUGAACGAGGAUGAUCCAGAACACAAAUACCCAAGUUUUUAUCAAUCAAUAAAUCCCCGAUUAAUCUACGGUCCACCAAAUGUGAUGGAAUACCCAUAUUGGCCUCCAGAAACGGAUAGAAUUUAUCCAUUAUAUUCGAAGUUAAGUAGACCGAGCGGGUAUUUUCAAAGACCUUCUCUUUAUAGGACCCCAAGUUUAUUUGAUAGUUUAUAUAAAAAAUCUUUAUUCCGAACACCCGUUAGCAAUAAUUUAUUUUAUCCAACUGUUCAUGAUUAUAGCAGAAAGGAUGACGUGAAACCAAUUUUCUAUGAAACUGAGAGAGUGUUUACACCGAAAGGAGAGGAAAAGUGUAGAAUUUGGUUGUACUACGAUGGCAUGAAAUACGAAGUAGUUUUGUAA